CUGUAAACUGCUAUAAGAAGACUUCCACAUACAGUGGCAAAGGUGCCUUUUGGAAUCUCGUAAUACGUCAAAAAGAAAUUGUCUUCCCGGAAUUGCGCUUGGAAAAUAAAGGUUUAAUCCAUCAUGUCUAUCAAGUUGUACAACUCACAAGGUCUGAGCCAGGAGUUUGCGGAUUCAAACAAGAACCUGAAGGUAGAUGGUGUUGAAUUCACAAGAGCCGUGGUUACCUCAGGAACUUGGAUCCUCUACACUCAUGCAAACUACAACGACAGAGAAUUUGGUGCUGGUCCAUCUAACCACAAGGUUCUCCAGCCUGGAGCAGAUGUAAACAUCUCAUGUGUGAAUGGCUCCAUGUAUCUCCUUGAGGACCAAGUAGAAGGAAUCAUUCUGUUCGAGCACAGUAACUACGGUGGAGAAAGGAAGUGGUUUGAAGAAAGCUGCUCAGAUGUGAACCCCUAUUUCCCAAGCGGGAGAUCCGGAGGAGUUUCCUCUGUCAUCGUGUUGUCCCAGAACCAAAACUUUGCCAUCUUCACCAAACCCAACUAUCAGGGUCUGCAACAGCAACUGGAUGGAGGCAAGUGGUGUGUAAAUCCGGGAGCGAUGAGUUUCCCUAACGACCGACUUCAGAGCUUCCGCAAGAAAUGAGAUGACCAGUCUGACCAGCUUUUUGCUUGCAUUUCGUAGCAAUUACCUUUUUUUGCUCUAUUAACCUGUUUGUUCUGUUUGUUUUGUUUUGUUUUUUUUGUCUUAGCCUCGUUGCUAAUUUUGAUUGAUGAAUAUUUUUGUUAAACAAGAUUUUGUCAAUGUAACUUUGUACUUUAAGUCAAAAGAUACGAUACAAAUAAAUGAAGCUUGUUGCUGAAGGCUAACAUUUUUCCGGUCACGAAGUAGAAGGUUCCUUUUAAGCAAAACAUAUGUAAGCUCGCCAAGUAGAUGUCUUAUGUAAUAUACAAUUCAGAUUUUCAAAUGGACCAAGGCAACGUCUUGAAAGGAAGAGGUAGAAAAGCUUGCAAUUUUAAAUAUUUAUCCAGCAGGUCAUGAAGAAAAAUGAAUAUCAUUUAAAUUGCCUUAACGAAAAUACGCAGUUCAGACUGCAUAUGCCUUGUGCUGGCCCAUCCCACAUAUUUAUGAGUACCCUGUUCCACAAGAAAAAGGUGAUUCAAGAAUGUAGUGACUAUAGGUUAACACUCAACCAGUAAUUAAGAAUAAUUUUCUUAUUCAAUAGCUAUUCCAUUUUUGUCAGUCUUUUGUUUUACACAUCAGGGUAUUCCCCAUUGUAAUCCACUGGUGGCAAAAAUGCCCCGACACCACUUGUGGCUAAAAUUCCCAAACACCAAUAGAGGCCCAAAUGCCCAUACGGCCACCAGUGGCCAAAAUGGCCAAACUUCCGUCUCAUUAGAGACGAUUGAAAUAAAAGAAGCUUACCUCUAAAGGUUGGCAAAAUUUCUCUUUUUUAUAAAGAAAGAGCUUUUUUGGGCGAAACCGAUUUGAUCUCACCCAAUGAAUGUGUUGUUACUUUGAAGGAGUAGCCGCAUUUCGACUGAGCAUAACUUAAGAAUUAAAGACAACAACGCAAAUCAACAA